ACCCGACGCUCGCGCUCGCGGGUUAAAGGCGAACUAUUGAACUGAUCUGAAAAGCUGGUUGUUUACCCAAGUAAUUUAAAUCUCAGCUGUCGUCUUGUGACUACUCUUAAGUAGUGAUUGUGAAAGCCUCAUUUCCAUCAAUAUUUUUUAUUAUAAAUUUGAUAUCGUUUUCAAAUAAUUUGAAACAAUGUUAAACGGUAAACGUGCUCUAGUUACAGGUGCAGGAAGAGGUAUUGGAAGAUCUCUGGCUAUUGAAUUAGCUAAACGUGGAGCUCAUGUUAUUGCUCUUAGCCGCACAAUGGAACAUUUAAUAACUUUAAAAAAUGAAAUACCUGCCAUUGAGAUUGUCUCUGUUGAUGUUGCUAACUGGAAAGAGACAGAAAAUGUAGUUAAGCGUCUUGGACCUAUUGAUCUGCUUGUCAAUAAUGCUGGAAUUGCUUCCUUGGAAGAAGUUGGGAAAAUCACUGAAGAAUCCUUUGAUAAUGUUUUUGCCGUGAAUGUAAAAGCAGUUGUAAAUAUUUCACAGAUUGUGGCUGAAGGCAUGAAACAAAGGGGCAAUGGAGGAUCCAUUGUCAAUAUUUCAAGUCAGGCUGCACUGGUUGCUUUGCCUCAACAUGCCACCUACUGUGCAUCUAAAGGAGCUCUUGACCAAUUAACUAAAGUCAUGGCUCUUGAACUAGGUCCAUUUCAAAUAAGGGUUAAUAGUGUAAAUCCAACUGUUGUAUUAACUGAAAUGGGUAUUAAAGCAUGGGGAGAAGAGAACAAGGCCAAAGCUACAAAAGCCAAGAUUCCACUGGGUAAAUUUUGUGAUCCUGAAGAUGUAGUAAAAGCUGUCAUUUUUCUUUUAAGUGAUGAUGCCGGCAUGAUUACAGGAGCACAGUUACCAAUCGAUGGAGGUUAUACAAUUCACUGAAUGUUUAAAAGUUUUCAUAUCAAAAAUAUAUUUUGUACUGUUAUCAUAUGGAUUUAAUUUUUGAUAAUAAAGAUAUUUUUAUAAUACUA